AUGACCAAAACGGUCAUUGGUCGGCCUCGUAUCAUCACUGAAAACUUUGAUGAUAUUACCACGUACUUUGGCUUGAUCAAGUGCACGGUAUUACCACCUCGUGGACUUUUCCAUCCAGUCCUUCCCUAUCGAACCCAGGGCAAACUGAUGUUUCCUCUGUGCAAAGCCUGUGCUGAUACGUGUAACCAAGCCCCUUGUACUCAUUCCGAGCGUGAAAGAGCUAUCCAGGGAACCUGGUGCAGCGUGGAAUUAGAGAAAGCCCUGGAGAAAGGUUACCAUAUCCUCCAAAUGCACGAAGUGUGGCAUUUUCCCGAAACCUCCGACGCGCUGUUCAAGGAUUAUGUGGACACUUUCCUCAAGAUCAAGCAAGAAUCCAGUGGUUAUCCCAAGAAUUGUGUCACUAAGGAACAGAAACAGCAGUACGUCGACGAAUACUUGGCAGUCGAAGGUAUACAGCUAGACCGAGAAAAGAUCGAACACAAUCCUGGGAUGCGUGCACUGUCCAAACUGAUGUUGAAUUCGUUUUGGGGUAUGUAUUUUUUAAACGGUAAUGUUCUCGCAAGGACGGCGAGGUAAACUUAUCUUUUACAGGCAGUUACAAUAGAUUUUUUUUCCCUUAGGAAAAUUCGCGCAACGGUCCAAUAUGGCCAAAGUAGAAUUGAUUAAAGAUCCCCAAGUGUAUUUCGACUAUCUAUCGUUGGAUGAAAUCAAUGUUCUCGUCGUGAGAUUCGUAAGCGACGAAAUGGUCGAGCUUCGUUACGAGUACAACGAGAACUUCGUCGAACCCAACGCCAGGACGAACGUAGUCAUCGCCGCCUUUACCACCGCUUAUGCCCGUCUCAAACUCUAUGAGGUGUUGGAUCAACUUCAAGAGCGAGUGUUAUAUUACGACACGGACUCUGUGAUAUUUGUUAGCAAACCCAACGAACCAGAACCUCCGCUAGGUCCCUACCUGGGCCAGUUGACCAACAAAUUGAAAGAAGGACAUAUUACUACCUUCAUUUCGGGCGGACCGAAGAAUUACUGUUACAAGACUAGUACCAACAAGGUUGAGACGAAGAUACGGGGGAUUACCUUGAAUUGUACCGCCAUGCAAAAAGUGAAUUUUGAUGUCAUUCGUUCGCUUGUGUAUCUUCAUGCCAAAUGUAAUGUUACGGGGCAAGUUACCGUGGACAUACCGUUAAAGAUAACACGGAACACGAGGACCAAAAACAUUGAAACCAAACGCAUGAGAAAAGACUACAGAAUAGUUUAUGAUAAACGCUUUAUUGUAGAUGAUUACAAAACAUUACCUUAUGGGUACUAAUAACAGUUGAAAUAAAUAUAUUUAUGAGAUCGUUUGAUCUCAAUGUUAAUUUCUGAUGUUCAGUUUGCGAUAAUGAUCCAAAUUCACCCCCGUUUCUUUUUCCAAUGCCUCGAUCUGCUUUUCGUUUUUUCUAGCCAUGUCCCACAUCAACAUUUCUUUCGCGUUCAUAUGGUAGGUAAAGGUGUUUCCCUGGGGAGCCCGAGGUACCGUUAUACCCGUUAGUGUUUCCAGUAUGAUUUGCGUCAAUAUGAUGGCGUGCAACGUCGGAUUGUCUAUAAGCGUUGCUGGUAUGAUAUUCUUCUCUAUCAAAAGUUUCAUCAAAUCCAGAGUAGCCAGAUUUCCCUCUUGCGUAAUAAUUUUGUCCGAGAGCCAGUGAGUGACAAUGUUUCUCCAAGUCAUGUCUGCAUUGAAUGAUCGUGAAAUCAGGAAAGGUACUGAGCUUUUAUAGAUUUUGGUUACAUAACAAUAUGUAAUGCAUUGACGGACUGUUCCAUUGUGACGCGGUCCUCGGAAAUGUAUCCGUGUUCGACGCAUGCAUACCACACUUUCUCGAUAAAGUCUUGGUCUGUUAUAAUUGCCUUGUCGUCUUCAUAAUACGGUACUCCAUGUCUUAUUAGCUCCUCUUCGGAAAAUUCCUCUAGAAUCUUAUCGUACAGGUUAGUAGCACACACGCUACGACGAAACACAAGUUCCUCAUUAAUGAAAAAUAGUAUAGCGAUGGUCAUCCUGACGCUGUCCAACGAUAAAUGAAAUCUGUAGAGGCAUCGUGUCUUUUAUAGGUUACAAUAACUGAAAGAUCACGUGUUUCAAUGCCCGCCUGUGUUUCACGCAAAAGAUAGUUUUCCAAUCGUCCGCCGUAUACUCAAUUAAUUCGAAAUCAUAUACUUUCAUAUCACUCAGACUUUCCGUAAAAGCUUUCAUCACUUUUGUUUCCGAAGCCUUUUCCAGAGCAUGAUCAAAGUAUAGACAUAACCGUUCGUCUCUUUCCAUCGUAAGACACUGAUGAUGCGUUUGAGACAGAUGCUCUGUCAUGCAACCGUUACAGUUUUCAACAACGAGCUGAGAAAUGAUAGAAGCGAUUUCUUCAGCUGAAACUUUUAAAAGUUUCCUGACGAUAAGUUUUUGACGUUGAUAAAGAAUGAAUUCCUUAUUGUCAAUAUCGACGGGUUUAGACAUGUUUACUCUUUGUCUGAUCGAAAGUAAUGACUGUUUCUUUCCUAGGGGGAAAACUUUAUACGUACGUGCACCUUUAAAAAUCUUCUCAUAUUCGAGUGUACGUCAUGGGACACUCUGCCAGUAAGAAUUCAAAGAUCAAUAAAAAUCAUAGCAAACAGAAAAUGUUUAGAAUCGGUAUAAGUGCAGGACAAAAUGAUCUUAAUCUUGAAGGGCAUGUACAGGUGGGAUACCGUAGUAAAACCAUCAAAAAUUACAAACCCAUUGAAAAGACCCAAGAGAAUAGUAUUGAAAACGCUGAAGAAUGAAAGGAUUUUGUCAUUUUACGCGUGAACAUGGACGACUACUUAUCUAGCGUGUAUUACGAUCCAAAACGACCCGGAGGAUUUGGCGGUGCGGAACGUUUGUAUGAAGAUGUUAAGAAGGAAGGAAGAUUUGCGCUAAGUCGUAAAGAAAUUAGGGAAUGGCUGAUGAAGCAAGAUGCAUACACAUUGCAUAAACCCAUCCGUCGCCAUUUUAAACGAAACCGUGUCAUCGUGGGCGGUAUCGAUCAACAGUGGCAAAUGGAUCUGGCGGAUAUGCAAUCCAUGCAGAAAUUUAAUGAUGGAUAUCGUUAUCUACUCGUGUGCAUUGAUGUUUUUUCAGAAUAUGCAUGGGUAGUCCCGUUGAAAAACAAAACUGGUCCUAUGCUGGUCGAAGCUUUCAAAGUCAUUUUAACGUCUGGACGCAAACCCGAAGGGAUCAUGACCGAUCAAGGAACAGAGUUUCUAAACAAACAUUUCCGAGCAUUGAUGAAAGAAGAAGACAUCGAACUAUACAAUACGUACAAUGAAACGAAAGCUUCUGUCGUGGAACGUCUGAUUCGUACUCUAAAAACCAAAAUGUGGUGCUAUUUUACAGCCAAGAAAACCAUGCGAUACGUAGACAUCUUACCUGAUCUGAUCUAUUCGUACAAUCAUAGUGUUCACCGUAGCAUCAAAACAAAACCUGUGGACGUUACUGCUGAAAACGAGAAGAAAGUGUGGCACACCCUGUAUGAUGAUCAUAACGUCGUGAAAAAUGUAAAGUACAAAUUCAAGGUCGGUGAUCAAGUGAGAAUUAGCAAGAUGAAACGAACAUUUGAAAAAGGAUACUUGCCAAAUUUCUCCAAAGAGAUUUUUACAAUAAGCAAACAAAUACCACGUGAUCCUCCAGUGUACAAACUAAAAGAUCUAGACGGUGAAGAACUCAAAGGAGCAUUUUACGAAAAAGAGCUGCAAAAGAUCAUCAAGGAAGAUGACGUCUACGAAAUUGAGAAAAUCUUGAAGAAACGUGGACGAGGCAAUAACGUACAUUAUCUUGUAAAAUGGUUAGGGUACCCCAAUAAAUUUAAUACGUGGGUACCCGCUUCUGAAAUAAAUAAGAUUUAA